ACUGUUGUGAAAAGUUGAUUUCAAUUUUACAACCUCUUUGGCAUGCGGUCGUGACUUCAAAUUGAGUUUGUUGCUGUUAUGUAGCUAGUAUUUCCAGUGCCGUUAACUUUCGUAUGUUUGUUGGCAAGUAUUUAGCAAGAUUUCAUAGCAGUGUAUUUAUUCAACACUGGGGCACUGUUAUGUACUGGACGUAGUUACAAGUUUCAGUACUUCAAAGAGAGCCUUACGAUUUUAUCUAAGUUACCAGUAGAAGUCAACUUACAGUAAUACCCACGAAGUCAGAAAUGUUUGAGAGAUAUGUUACUGUUCGGUUCGUAAAGUUUAAGAGUGGGAUAGGUUAAAUGUUGUUAUUUACGACAUGAGAAUUGCAGACAGUCUUUAUUCUUGAUAUUAUAUCAGAAAUGGCAGUGGAUUUGGGAAGUGCAUUACCAACUGUUUAUGCCACUGUAUCUGCUGAAGCCAGUGUCAGUUCCUUCUGUCGAAUAUGUGCAACCACAGGUUCUCGUCACUUAUUCUCAAUCUUCAGUCCAGAAGGUGAAUUGUGGGAUAUAGCAGAGAAGAUUGGACGUUGUCUACCCAUCAUUGUACUUCCAACAGAUACCUUGCCUUUAAACAUCUGUUUCCAAUGUUUGAUAAAACUGAAUACAAGCUAUGAGCUGGUGAUUAUGGCCCUUAACUCUGAAGCUAAACUUAAAGCUAAAUUUGAUUUCGCUGAAGACCCUUCACUGCAACCAGAGUCUCAUGAAGGUGACCGUAUAACUGGAGUGUUUGUGAAGCAAGAAGAGCCAGUCACUAAAGUGAAACAAGAGCUAUCAAACAGCAUAGAGGACUUACCAGCUGCAUUUGAAUGUGAAGUUGUGAUAUCUGAGGAAACUGAAAGUAGUGAAAAAUUGGAAGUGGAUUCUAUAUUGAAAGAGACUGAUACAUUUGAGGAGCAAAAUAAAAUUCCUCAAGAUACAAAUGAAAUUGAAGAACUGAGAGAACAUGAAGUACAAAGCUAUAACUGCAGAGUAGAGGUUGAUAUCCAAGGAAAUGACAUAGAAUCACAUAAAAGCAAUCUAAUUGAGGCCAGUGAUGUCCAGCUGAUGUCUGAGAAAGUACCAUCAUUGACCAUAUAUGGACCUGCAGUAUGUGACCUAUGUAAUGUGAGAUUCACUGAUAUGGAUGAAUUUGACAAUCAUGUUGCAGGGCAGCAUCUUAAGAAACAUAAGUGGCAAUGCCACUGUUGUGAUGAUAGCUUUGAGCAUUCACAAGAUCUUGUGCACCAUAAGGCAGUGAUCCAUGGUGAAGAACCAAUCUCUUGUGGACAUUGCCAAAAUAAUGAAGUGAAGAAUGAAAAUAAUGCAAAUGAAGGGACUGAAGAAGAGUGGCUUGAUGAAAGUGGAAGUCAUACCAACAACAAUAAUAGAGAUAAUUUAGAAUUUUACUGUGAGCUCUGUGAUAGGAAUUUCUGUGAUGAAACCAAAUUGAAGGAUCAUUACCUGGUUCACUCAUCACACUCAUUGGUAUGCAGUAAAUGUGGCCUCAGGUGCAGCUCAUCACAUGAUUUGUGUAUUCAUAAGAGGAGCCACUUGAGAAAUGUUACAGAGAGAAGAUACACAUGUGAGAUCUGUAGGAAGACUUUUGUGGAACGUGUUAUGUACAUCAUUCAUCGCCGACACUGUGGCAGCAAGCAGUACACAUGUAAUUUAUGUGACCGCACCUUCUGGCAUGAAUACAGCCUUCAACUACAUAUGAAAGUCCACAACCAAGAGCAGAAAGAAUAUGAAUGUGACUGUGGACAGAAGUUUGAUAAGUAUAGCAUGUUCCAAGCUCACAAGAAGACGCAUGAGAAACCAGCUACAAUGAAAUGUGUCACAUGUCAGAAGGUGUUUACAAAUGAGACUUUCUACAAGAGGCACAGAUACAUACAUGAUCCAGAAUAUUGGGACCGUUUCAAGUGCCAGACCUGCCAGCGUCCAUUCAGAGAUGCUCAUGCAUUGAAGAACCAUAUGCAACUACACGCUGGCAUAAAACCUCAUAUGUGUGAUCUUUGUGGUCGUACGUACAACAGGUUUGCCAAUAUGCUGAAGCAUCGCAAACUUCAUAAGCCUCAGAAUCUUUGGGAACAUAAUUGCAAUCAGUGUGAGGCAAAAUUUGAGCGUUUGAAGGACCUAAUGUCUCAUAUGGAGCAGGCACACAUGCUUGGUGGCCCAACGGAAGAUGCAGAAGGAAAGAAGUCAUCUGUAAAGUGGAUAUGUCGUUUCUGUGGAAAGCGUAUCUCUACAAAGCUUAGUCUUCAGGACCAUGAACGUAUUCAUACCGGUGCCAAACCUUAUAUUUGUGAAUGGUGUGGACGCAAAUUCCGUUCCCGUCCAAACCUCUUGCAACAUCAUCUCACCCACACAGGUGAUCGGAAACAUGCUUGUGCAGUAUGUGGUAAAAAAUUUGCACGUAAAUCGUUCAUUGCUCAGCAUAUGAGGGUGCAUACUGGUGAAAAACCAUUUGCAUGUGAUUUCUGUGGCAAACGUUUCACACAGGCUGGAGAUAUGAGAAGACAUUGUGGUCGCCAUAUCAAACAACAGAAAGAACCAAUAGCAUUAUUUGUACAAAUCCAACAGUAAUGAAGCUGUAUUAUAAUUCAAAUUCUAUCAUAGGUUUUACUUCUGAAGUACGGUAUGGCUCAGUAUGAAAGAGCCCAAAAUAAUUUAAUACCUCUAAAAAUUAUUUUUACUCCAGAAAAAUGACACGACAUACUCCAGACAAGUGUUAUUUUCUUACUGACUUCUCGAUAUGAAAUUGUGAAAAUGUUUUCCUCUAGAAGUUUCCAUAUGUAGGUAUCUGGUGGUGUGAAAUCUGGAGACUGCUAAUGACAGAGAUUUUUUUUUCUGGAAAUGAGGGCCUAUAAGAAAACUUGCAUCAUCAUCUGUGACCUUUUCUGUGUUCACAGAAAAAAAAAGUGACACAGCAAAUUAUUUUCAUAUAUAUUUACUGUACUUUCCCAGCCACUUAAACAAAGAGUGGAGGCAAGGAAACUAAAAAGUCCAGCAAAACGCAUCUUACACAUGUGCAUUAAGUAGUGCUGUAGCCUUUUGAACUAUAUUGUAUUGUACUGUAUAUGUUUGAAACAGGGUUGUGGCAUGAAAAGGCACUGUAGUCAUUACACUUAGCAGUGUAAGGAACAGGUCACAUUAUUUGUAGAAACCUAGUUUUAAUGAUGUCUGUUACUUGCUGUAAUAUCUGUUUGUCAAAAGCAAAAUUGAAUUUUGUUUUUACUAUGUGUACUGUCUCUAUACUUUCUUUGUUCAUCUAGGUAGACAUCGGGGAUAAGUUGACAAUCAUCACUAACUUAUGGUAUUCAACACUCUGUUGCCUUUAAUAUUUUUAAAUAAGUGUUAAGAUUUAUGUUUUAUUUUAAAAGGUUUGCUACAUAUGUAAUGUGUACAUCAUUGCCUUUUGGGACUUUUAAAGUGAUUUAACAGCCUGAUCUUUGUCCAGUUUAAAUAUUGGUGAUGCCCUUCCAUAAUCCUAUGUUUGGAGCACUGCUGUCUUAUUUUUAUCAUAAUUCUACUGUGUUGUGCUUAUUAUUCCAGUUUCAUUGUUUCAUUAUUCUCUUCCUAGUAGUGCAUGAGGUGGAUUACACUGUAUGGAGAGAGAAACAGGCUGUGAAGAAGUGAAAAUUUUACUGGCUUAGGAUAAGGUCCAAUGCAGGCUUUGGUGGUGAACUGUUCGAUAACAAAAAUUUAUUGAUCCGUUUAAUAACACUCAGUUUUUGGAUAAA